AUGGUCAGCCCCUAUCAUCGCUCUGAUUCCCCCCUGGGACGCAUGAUUUCUUUGAUCGAGACCCCUGGCUCACCCCUUCGUUUCCUUAUUCUUGAUUGUCCCACCGAAUCAACAUUGCCAUAUUACCUCGACGAGUUUAAGCGAUACAAUGUCACCACUGUCGUACGAUGCUGUCAGCAAACGUAUAAUGCCAAUCGACUGAAUGAUCAAGGUAUCCAAGUACUCGAUAUGCCAUUCAAAGAUGGCGGGGCACCACCUCCGACUGUGGUGCGAGAUUGGUUGGCCCUUAUCGAUCGUGAAUCCGCAAGAGCAACAAGUCAUCCUGAAGAUACACCUCCCACCGUGGCUGUCCAUUGUGUAGCUGGUUUAGGAAGAGCCCCUGUCUUAGUAGCUAUUGCUCUCAUUGAAUUCGGUAUGGAGCCAUUGGACGCUGUUGAAUACGUGAGAAGAAAGCGUAGAGGAGCAUUCAACAAACCACAAAUCUCCUACUUGGAUACAUACAAACGAUCAUUGAAACCAAAGGCCACCGCGGGUACAUCAUCGCUCAAGUUCUCUCUUGGAAAAAUGUUUCGAUUUGGAGGUAGCGGCAACAAGAAACAACAAGAAACAGUAGCCACCCAUUGA